UAAUAAAUCAAAGGUUUAGAUUGUUUUGAACUAUUACUUUUUUACGCUACUGUUUAUACUCUACUGUUUGCCCUAUAAAUUAAAAAUGAGAAAGAAGAAGAAAACACAAUCACUAUGCUGCUAAGGUGCUGCACGAACUAAUUAAGCUCGAUUUGUUGUUUAAAAAAACUGGAACUGUCCGACUAUUAUAAAGCCGCCCAAAGCCGCGAGGAGAUCUCCUCAUCCUGUCUUUCUUCAAUCAAUCAACUCCGUUAGUUACCUCGACAAGCGUCUUCAACGCCAUGCAGCCGAGCGGCCGUGAGAUGGCCGGCGGCGAGGGCGGGGGCGGGCCGCAGCAGCAGGCCGACGACUUCUUCGACCAGAUGCUGUCCACGCUGCCCUCCGCGUGGGCUGACCUGGGCGCCGGUGGCAAGUCGCCCUGGGAACUCACCCCGGGCACAGGCGCCGGAGCGGCGGCCGAGGACCCCGCCGCGCAGCAGAGCCACUUCGGCGACGAGUCGGCGCUGCUCGCGUCCCGCCUCCGGCAGCACCAGAUCGGCGGCGGGGACGUCAAGUCCUCCGCCUCCCCGGUCAUGCUGCAGCUCAGCGACCUGCACCGCCACGGCGGCCUCGGGGGCGAGGAGAGCCGGGGCAACGGGUUCUCCCCGCUGCCGCUGUUCUCGGACCGGUCGUCCGUGCCGGCGCGGGAGGAGAUGGAGGGCGGCUUCAAGUCGCCCAACUCCGCCGGAGGUGAUCAUUCCUUGUUCAACGGUUUCGGGAUGCACGGCGCGGCCGCCGGGCAGCCACAAUUUGGCCAGAGUGGAUCAAUGUCGCCGCAGAGCAUGGGAGGACCCGCGGCGAGCGGCGGCGCACCCCAAGCUGGCGGGGCAGCUUCAUCGGCCGGCGGCGGCGGGGCGGCACCCCCGCGGCAGCAGCGGCAGCGUGCGAGGAGAGGGCAGGCCACUGACCCCCACAGCAUAGCGGAACGUCUUCGAAGGGAGAGGAUCGCGGAGCGGAUGAAAUCGCUUCAGGAGCUGGUCCCGAACGCCAACAAGACGGACAAGGCGUCGAUGCUGGACGAGAUCAUCGACUACGUCAAGUUCCUGCAGCUACAAGUCAAGGUUCUCAGCAUGAGCCGACUGGGAGGAGCCGCCGGCAUGGCGCCUCUGGUUGCAAGCAUGGCUUCAUCAGAGGGCAACAGCAAUGGAAGCGGCGGCGGCAACAACAACAGCGGUGGAAAAGGCAGCGGCGGUGCUGCUAGUGCUACCACCACCACCAAGAGCGGCAGCGGCGAGAACGGCAACGGCAACGGCAGCGGCGGGGUGCGGGUGACGGAGCAUCAGGUGGCGAAGAUGAUGGAGGAGGACAUGGGCACGGCCAUGCAGUACCUGCAGGGAAAGGGCCUGUGCCUGAUGCCCAUCUCGCUGGCGUCCGCCAUCUCCUCCGCCACCUCGUCCGCGUCGCUCCUCUCCCGCCCGCCCGCCGUCGGCCGCCACGCAACAGCCGUCGCCGGCCAGAUGCACGACGCCAACGGGGGCGCUGCCGCGGCAGCGACGGCGUCGCCCGCGUCGGCGGCUAACAGUGCCGGUGGAGGAGGAGGAGGCGACGACUCACGAUCCGCCAGGGACGGUGGCGGGAAGCAGUGACGUACCUUAGUCAGGUUGCCAGCCUGCUUGCCUGCCUGAGCGACAACUGUAUCAAAGAAAGGGUGUAUCUAAAAAAAUCAUGGAGAGUGACGUAGCAGCAUCCUGACAGCAUGGCUAUUGUAUCAUACUACAUUCGUUUUAAUUUUCUUCCGGUUUCUCUUGACAAAGGAAAUCUCGGCCUAUUUACAUGGCUCUUUGUUUGGCUGCUGAUGCUCAUGCUGAUUAGAGAAAAACAUUAUUGUAUAGGUAAAAAAUAGUGCCGAUAAGUUUAAGCAACACUUAUUAUUAUAGAGUUAUUAUAUAUAUACACACCGUCCUUUGAGGCUUUGACCUUUUA